CAUGAGAACUGCAACAGAUCCUAAAACAAAUAGAACAAAGAUUUUAAUGAUUAGCUGUCUAGCACAUAGUAACUUCCCCAUACAUAAACCACCACCCAACCCACCAUUUCAACAGCAUUUCUGUGUCAUGACAAAAUGUAACGAACUUUGGCCCCUUGAUUUAAAACAAAAGUUGCCUCAAUACAAAGCAACAAAGCUAUCAAAAUGCGAUACAGAAAGAGAACUAUUAAAUUGUUUCAUGGUUCAGUUUUGGAAAUUGGAUCCAGAUUUAGUUGUCGGUCACGACUUGCAGGGCUUCCAACAGGAUUUACUAAUAGGAAAUAUUUUAGACUUGAAAAUUCCAAAUUGGUCGCGUUUGGGAAGACUUAACAGAUCUGUAGCACCUCAAAAGAAAUAUGCUGCCAAAGAUGCCUUUUUGGGUAGAUUAGUAUGUGAUAUUAAAAUUUCAGCCAUGGAACUCAUUAGGGCUAGAAGUUUCGAUCUAGACACGUUGUGUAUUAACGUGCUAAAAAUGAAAGAAGGUGAACGUCUUGAUGUGGCAAUCGAAGAUUUGCCUCGUUAUUAUGAAAGUAGCAAUGAUUUGUUACAACUAGUUACUUUGACGAUGCAGGAUGCAUCCUAUAUUCUCAAAAUGAUGUGUGAACUUAAUGUCAUACCAUUAGCCUUACAAAUCACUCAAAUUGCUGGUAACAUAAUGUCUAGAACUCUGUUAGGAGGUCGAUCGGAAAGGAAUGAAUUUCUACUACUUCACGCAUUCACUGAGAAAAAUUAUAUCGUCCCGGAUAAAAUUUACGGGAGAAAAAAUUUAUCUGAUGAUCCUGAUAAUGAGGAUAAAGAGGAAACGGGUGUAAAUAAAAAGCAAGGAAAGAAAAAGGCUGCCUAUUCAGGAGGUUUGGUGUUAGACCCUAAGAAAGGUUUCUAUGAUAAAUUAAUCCUCCUCAUGGAUUUCAAUUCUCUGUAUCCCAGUAUUAUUCAAGAGUUUAAUGUUUGUUUCACAACUAUAAAAAGAAAGAUAACAUCAAAUUCUAAUGAUGAUAUAAGUAAUUUGAUACUACCGGGUCCUAAUACCGAAUUUGGAGUUUUACCUACACAAAUUCGAAAACUUGUUGAGAGUAGACGAGAAGUGAAAAAGCUUAUGAAAUCACCAGAUUUGCCUCCAGAGCAGUAUAUGCAAUAUAAUAUCAGACAAACUGCUUUAAAAUUGACAGCCAAUUCCAUGUACGGGUGUUUAGGAUUCACACAUUCAAGAUUUUAUGCUAAACCACUAGCAGCCCUUGUUACAAUGAAAGGCAGGGAAAUUCUCAUGGAUACUAAAGAAAUUGUACAAAAAUUAAAUUAUGACGUUGUUUAUGGCGAUACUGAUAGUUUAAUGAUAAACACAAAUUGUUUGGAUUAUGAUUAUGUUUUUAAAAUCGGUAAUGAUCUAAAGCGAGAAAUUAAUAAAAAAUAUAAACAAAUUGAAUUGGAUAUUGAUGGAGUUUUUAAGUACCUAUUAUUACUCAAGAAAAAGAAAUAUGCAGCGGUUGUAAUAAAUCGAAACAAAAACGGUGAACUAAUAUACAGCCAAGAACAUAAAGGAUUAGAUAUUGUUAGACGUGAUUGGUCCCAACUAGCUGCUGAAGCAGGGAAAUUUAUACUCAAACAAAUUCUGUCUGAGCAAAGUGCUGAUGAGAGGAUUGAGAGUAUACAAACACAUUUAAAUAAGUUAAAAGAAGAUCUAUUGAAUAACAAAAUACCAUUAUCGCUCUUGACCAUAACUAAGCAGUUAACCAAAAGUCCUAACGAAUACGCGGACAAAAAUGCCCAACCUCACGUUCAAGUCGCUUUAAGGCUAAAUAGCAAGAACAGUAGGAGAUUCAAAAAGGGUGACAUCGUGCCCUAUAUCAUUUGUGAAGAUGGCACCACCCACUCUGCUACACAAAGAGCAUAUCACAUAGAAGAAUUAAAAAAUUCUGAACUUCUUAAAAUUGAUUUUAGAUACUACUUAGCACACCAACUUCACCCCGUUAUAUCGCGUAUAUGUGAACCAAUCGAAGGUAUGGACCCGGCGCGGGUCGCCGACUGUCUCGGCUUAGACCCAUCCGGAUAUAGAAAUAUGAUCAAAAAAGAAAACUCAAAUACAGAAACUUAUGAAGUCGAAAACGAAAAGGAAAAAUACAGACAUUGCAAAGAAUUUACAUUCAUUUGUGUAAACGAAAGUUGUAAGGCUGAGAAUAGAAUAAGAGAAACAAUAAUAAAAUUAGAUAAAGAGAGUGUAACGUUUUUGGAGCGUUGCCAAAACGAGAAGUGUACAUACAAGCCAAUGGACUAUUUGCCUUGUAUACAAAAUCAAUUGUGUUUGCAAAUCAGGCAGUACCAUACUCAGUAUUACGCGGGGUGGUUAUCGUGCGAGGAUCCAGCAUGCGGCCACCGUACAACGCGUAUGCCGCAGACUUUCCAAGCUGGCUACCCCCUGUGUCGACUUUGUGAAAAAGGUCUUAUGUUCAGAGAAUAUACAGAGAAGGACCUUUAUUUGCAGAUCAAUUUCUUUCUGUUUCUAUUUGAUCUUAACAAACAGAACAACUCGAGAAUCAAAAUGUCACCUCAAGUCGUAUCUGCAUUUCAAAUACUUAAAGAGCUAGUUGCUGAUUGGCUCUCGCACUCUGCGUAUUCCAUUAUAAACCUAUCAAAACUAUUUAGAUUUUUCAGUGUGGAUUCCAAAGGUGGCAAAAUUAAAACUGAGCCAAUUGAAAUAGACAUAUUACCAGAGACUGAACACAUUGAUGCCAUCAUGGAAAUGGGAGCAUACUAACAUUUAUUUUUUAAACUUAUGUAUAUAAAUAUGUAGAUCAAGGUU